AACUGCACCUACUUUUGUAGUUCACGCUGCAACUCGGAUUCGCAGGAAUCCUCGUCCCACCCAAGUACACCAGUCGAUGACCAACCUGGACCAUCCUCCAAUGGACCAUUGUCAUCGAAGCGAAAGGUAAUUCGGUCCGAUGCUAUGAAACCGCUGUGGAUUCCUGAUGACGCUUCAAGUAAAUGUUUGAUGGAGGGAUGCGAUACGGUGUUUUCAUUCUUGAACCGCCGUCAUCAUUGUCGCGACUGUGGCUGGCUGAUAUGCUCUACAUGUGUUGGGAAGCGCCACUUUCUAAAUUCCAGUUCAAAAAGGAAAUUGUUUGUCCGGAAUGUUACGACAAAUUGGAGAGCUUAUAGAUAUGUUGUCGUCGAACCACAAACUCUUUUUAUGCCUCCGAUAAAUAGAAGGCUCAAGCGUAUGAAUAUUGAGCAACGAAUGGUGCCAGACAGUGGUCUCGUCUUUGGAAAGUCACUUGGUCAAGAUGAUGAGCCGUGUGAGCAGUAUGUCAUCUACGGUUUUGAACUGAAGGAAACAGAAGCUGAAAGUGGAGGAACGCAAUUCGAGCUAACUCAUCGCAACCAAAUCAUGACAGAUCGAAAGGAACAAGUCAUUUCGUUUCGAGUUGAGCAUGAGAAGAGUAUCAUCAAGUGGUCGAAUGCUCUGCGCCAUGGUCUUGGCAUCGAGUGA